ACAACAAUGGCGGCUUCCAUCGACGAUGUUGAAAGUAUCACCGGACAGCUGGACAACCGUUUGUCAAAACUGGGCUUUGAAGUGUAUCCUCUAAAGGUCGGCUGGUAUAACUCUGUGCUGUCUCCGUCUCUGCGGCUGUCUUACCCGGAUGACAGCUUGGCUGUGCUGCUGCUGAGCACUCCUGCCAUGUUUGAACAGGCCUUCUUGCCCUUCAUGGAGCAGAAGAGCUGUCAGGGGCUGACUGACCCCAUAGACCAGUGUGUGAAGCACUGUGUCUCUUCUGCUGUCACACAGUGUUUCUCAGGACAGAAUGUAGAUGUGAGGUACGACUAUGAGCUUCUGCCCAGCAGGAUGCCAAAGUUCUUGGCACAGACUGCUGCACAUGUGUCUGGAGCAGCUUUCUACUACCAGCAGCCUGAUGUCACAGACCAGCCAUGGGGACAAAAGAAAAUGUUCGGAGUGUGCGUGCACCCCAGGUUUGGGGGUUGGUUUGCCCUUCGAGCUUUGCUGGUGUUUGGAGAUGUACAGGUGGGCGCUGAGCUGGUGCAGCCUGCGCCUCCUGACUGUGUGCCUUCCAGAGAGGACAGGAUCAAGCUGCUGGAGGCGUUCAACUUCCACUGGCAGGAUUGGAGCUACAGAGACAUUAUCCCUUCAGUCCAGAAGUACUCUGACAAACAGAAGGAGUACUUCUCCACUCCCCCUGCUCAGCGGCUUGCUUUGCUCCGGACUUGGGGUCUACUCCCAAGUGAAGAUAAUUCACCUGAUGCUCCCUCAGACACACUGAUCCAGCUGAGUGGACAUGGCUAAAAGAGCGGCUGAAGCACACUCCCCUCCCCAUCGGCACGGAAACACACAAGUUUGGAUGUAAGAUUUUGAGAUGAUUUGGGAAAAUACUUGAAUUUGCAUGGCUGCUAUUAUAUUGUAUUUUUAAUCAGAUGCUCACACCACCUUAAAGUGUCGUGUUAUAUGUGCCGUGAUAACUCAACCCUGUCAGCACGGAAAUAGACAGGUUUGGAUCUUGUAAGAUUUUGAGAUUAAUUUGAGAAAAUACUUGAAUGUGGAGUUACUGGGAAUGGCUCCGGUGCCCCACGAUGCUGAAAAGGAUAAGCUGCUCAAGAAAAUGAAUGAAUUACUUUGAUAUGCAUGGCUCCUAUUAUAUUGUACUUUUAAUCAGAUGCUCAAAGUACUUUAAAAUACAAGGGGGUACCCAAAAGAAACCGGAAUUUGGUCACAAAAUAAUAAUAAUGAGUUUCGACUUCUGGCUGUCAGAUGUGCUGCAGGUAAGCCUCGUGCAUAUCUGUGAAAAAGCUGAGCUCCCAG